AUGGGGCAGUUGUACGACAUGGUGCACAGCACGAUUUGUGGCCGAGAAGACUAUUCCGCCUGGUACCGGGUUAGCUGGGGCAAACCCCGUGAUUCGUAUCAGAUCGAAGAUCACAAGGAGGUCUUACAGCUUUUGAGGGAAACGAACGUGGUGGUUGCGUUUAGCAGAGAGAGACAGUACUACCCCGACUUUGAUUGCGGGCCAUGGGAUAUUGUCAGCGUGAGGGGGGCAUUUAGAAGGGUUGUGGGUAUGGCUAUGAUAGACGGCCACAUCAAACAUGAGGCUAUCGGUGAUGGGAGGGUUACAUCGGGUUGGCAAGGCUCACAGGGCAGAUAA